UCUGUCAUGCAUUCAGCGGGUAACAAAGACGGGACAACAAGGGGGAAGAUGGGAGCUCACACAACAACCAUGUCAGAGACUAAAUCCAGAAUAAACUGACCGGAUCUCUUUUAUUUAUUGUGUUAUAACAGUAAAGUUUAGCUAUAUCCCGGGUCGAUUUUAACCUCACCCUUUCUCUCUCUUGGAGAAGCCAACUACAACAUGUUAGACUGUCAACAUUAAAGCCGCCGAAUGACUGAGGAGACACAACCAGAAAUGUCUGAAUACAAUUGGUGGUGAUGACGCGCUAUCACUGACCUUUGUCCUCACAGCCUGACCCCUGAUAGGUCAGGGCUUAUAGAAUAAAACACACAGUAAGAGAAGUCCAUCUCCAGCUGCCAUGUCUGUCCAGGACGCAUCCCAAACGUCAACGCUGCCUUCAUCCCUCAAAUCUGAGGCCAAACCGAAACCAGACCUCCCGCCAAAACCUGCGACACAGGCCAGCUCCCCUCCUCUGGGAGACAGAGGCAGCUGCACGGGUGUGUCUGGUGGGAAAGUCAAAAGGAUUGUACAUAAGUUCAGCAAACAUGAGCCUGUUUCAGAACAACAGCCCACCAAUGGGACCUCAGAACCUGAACCAAUUAGGAAGGUCAGAAGACCUCCAUCAACAAAGCCCAAGCCAGGCCGCCCAAGUCUGCAACAUCAAGUUAAGGAAGAGCAGGCUCCUCCGCUGCCUAUGAAGAGGAGUCGCUUCCUGAAGAAACAAAUAGAGAGCGAGGAAGGAGACGAGGGGGACGGCGUCACCAUGGAAGGCAGCCGAUCAGAGCCUGAUGGAAAGGAAGGUGAGGUCCAACUGAUUGGAGGAGGUGAAGAGGAGACAGAGCACAGUUCAGACGAGUCUCUAAGUCCCUGCUGUGACCCAAACUGCAGCUGUGUGUGCCACCUCCAGCGGCCUGGCAUGAGACUGAUGUGGGUACCAGUGGAUGUGGAAGAUAUCGGGCAGGAGGUUGUCGAGGAGGAUGAGCCUGAUGUGGGUGGUGAAAAGGGGGAGGUCGAGGAGGACAGGGAGGAUGGAGAGGAUGGGGAGGACGGGGAGGACAGGGAGGACGAGGAGGACGGGGAAGUCAGGGAGGACAUGGAGGACAUGGAGGACGGGGAAUUGUAUGAGGAGGUGGAGCUAGGAGGGGAAGAGAACAGUCAAGUAGGAGAUGAGGAUGGGUUAUCUGAGGUUGAUGAGAGGGAGGUGUUGACCCAAGAAAAGCAAAAGUUCAACCACACUUUGGAUGUUUUGAUUGCUGAGGGUUUCAGGAGGCGGUCGGACCCUGGGCCUCACAAUGUCCUCAGCUCACUCACUGUCACUCGCUCUCAGUCUCCCCCUGUUCCCCCCAAACGAACUAAGUCACCCCCAGUUUCUCAAAGCUCCACCCAAGACGAAGAAGAAAAUAUUUACGAGACCACACUUCUGGUCCCGCCUACUACUAAAAACGCCUCAGCUCAAUGUAAGGAACUGGAUAUUCCUCUUAUCAAGGUGCGCAAACCAGCUCGUCGCUCAAAGCUGACGUACAGCAACUCGGACCCUACAUCUGACUUGCAGAUGGAUAAUGAACACACCCCACCCACCAUCCCGCCAAGGGUGCCCAUGAUUCCAGACAAAAACAGCCUUGGGCCAAUGCACAGAGGUGCCAUCCCUCUUCCUCAGCCCACCCUGGAGGAGUGGCGGGCCCUGCGGCCAUCGUCACCCAACAGGCUGAGCCCCCAACGAGCCAUUACUCCACCACUUGUACCACAGAGAGCCCCACCUCCACCACCAAAGACUGACCCCAGGCGGCUCAGCAGUGCCUCACUGCAAACGUUCCCCCAGAAAAAAGAAGAAGAAAAUGGAGAUGAAGAAGAUAAAGAUGACCUAGUGGAAGAACUAAAUAGCUCACUCAGGAGGGAGACUUUGUUCUGCUAUGAGUCUCAUCUACAGGACGAGCCUCUCUACCAAACGUACCGCGCCACCGUCAUCAACAAGGAGAUCCGCCGGCAAACAGUUUGCCGCAACAUCAGUAAGACCAGCGUGGACUAUGCUAUGGAUCUGAACAUCCGUCGCUCUAGGGCUGAUACUGGACCUCCCAGGAGCAGCCCAGGAGCCACACCAGCCCAGAGCACGCUGUGGCAGGACCUCCCAACUGUACGGGACAGUGGAGUGCUUGAGCAGCUCACUUCCGCACAGUGCAAGUACCAGGAGAGUAUGUUUGAGGUUUUGACAUCAGAGUCCUCUUACCUUCGAUCCCUGCGUGUCCUGACUGAACAUUUCGUGGACAGCCGGGAGCUGGAGGACACACUGAUCAUCAGGGACAAGAAAACUCUCUUCUCCAACAUCCUGAGGGUGCGAGAGGUCAGCGAGAGAUUCUUGAAAGACUUGGACGACCGCAUUUUCAAGGACGUAAUCUUCUCUGAUAUCUGCGAUAUUAUUCAUUACCACGCCCAGCACAAGUUCCCCGUCUACAUCGACUACGUUCGCAACCAGAUCUACCAAGAAAAGACCUACACUGCACUUAUGAAGAACAACAUGCAGUUUGCUACGGUCAUUAAUCGUCUCCAGGAGUUGCCCCAGUGCCAGCGGCUACCCUUCAUGUCCUUCUUGCUGCUGCCUUUCCAGCGAAUAACGCGCAUCAAAAUGCUAACUGAGAACAUCCUGAAAAGGACAAAGGAGGGGACGACAGAGGAGGAGACUGCCUCCAAGGCUUUGGCUUCUAUGUCGAAGAUCAUUGAUGAGUGCAACACUCAAGUGGGAAAGAUGAGGCAGAUGGAGGAGCUGAUCCUUAUCUCUCAGACGCUGGAGUUUGACAAGCUCAAGGCCAUUCCCAUCAUCUCUCAGAAUCGAUUCCUGGAGAAGAAGGGAGAGCUGCAGGAAAUGUCCAAAGGAGGAACUCUCUUCAACAUGAGGGCCAAGUUCACUCCUGUCUACCUCUUCCUCUUCAAUGAUCUGCUCGUCAUUGCUACCAAGAAGGGUGCGGAGCGUUUCGUUGUUGUCGAUCACGCCCAUCGCUCUCUCGUGCAAGUUCAGCCACUAGAGGAAGGUGGGAGCAGCAGCGGCAGCCCCUACGAGCACUGCUUCAACAUCACGCUGCUGGAAAACCACCAGGGACGCAUGAUGGAGCGGCUGUUCAAAGCCCCCUCCCAGUCAGACAUGCACAGAUGGAUGGCGGCUUUUCCCAACCCCACCAACCCGGCCGCAGAUGAAGAUGAAGUGAUUUAUGAAGACUGGGACUGUCCACAGGUGCAGUGUGUGGAGCAGUACAUAGCCCAGCAGGCAGACGAGCUCACGCUGGAGCCCACUGAGAUCGUCAACGUCAUCCGCAAAACUAACGAGGGCUGGUAUGAAGGGAGCCGUCUGUCCGAUGGUCAGAAGGGCUGGUUCCCCGUAGGAAAUGUCAUAGAGAUCACUAACGAACACGUGAGGAGGCGGAACCUCAGAGAGCGCUACAGGGUCAUUCAGGCGGCGUUUUUGGUUUCCAAUAGUAAACUACGCACCAUUAAUUAGUUUACGUUGAUUCUUUUUUUUUCUUAAAAGGACAAUACAUGGAAACUCUGUUCAAAGACUAUUCAUGGGAUUUAUCGGUUCAAGUGGCAGUUUCUAGCACGAAGGAAAUGAAAGAUAAAAAGGAGAAGGGCGAGACUCACGAGACGUCACAACAGACCUGCGAUCAUCACCUUAUUUUUACUACUGGAGUGUGUGUGCGUUUACUGAUGCUCAGAGAAACUGUGACGUAUGAGCGUGUUCACAUUCGACAGCAUCUUCCAGCAUCACAGCUGGAGAGUUCACCUCUUCUCCUGAACAUGUACAGUGCUCCUGUGUUUCCGUCUCCUCAUGCACAGCUGGGAAACUGCCAACUUCACAUGCUUAUCAUUCUUGCAAUACCUCGACCAGACUGUAUGGAAGUCAAACCUGCUGAAAAGAAAAGAAAAAAAAAAAAGGGUGUUGCUAUAAACGCCUCUUAUGUCAAAGCCAUCACAUAUGCACUGUCAAAGUGGAGUCCUUUCAUUCUUCUUGCUGUGCUUAACAACCUAGGGAAGUGUCAAAGUGACCAGAAGCAACACAUUUAAUGAUCAAAUUCUAAAAAACAUUGACUGCCUGAAAGAUUCAGCAGUGUUCAUGUUUUAAAAAAAGUAAUCCAUCUCACUGGAGUGACACUUCUGUCUCGACCAGAUUAAGGAGCUUGUGUGUGGCGGCUGCUCAUGUUUCAGUGGCGGAUGACAAGCUCGUGUCCCUCCUUACCCACUGUAGAACAAUACUUUAGCACCACCUGCAGCUUGUUCUCCAUUUGUUUUAUUUAUGCGUAAAUGUACAAUAUGUUGUAAAUAAUAAGAGGGGGGAUUGUUUCCUUCAAAACACUAGCCGUGCUUUUAAUAAAAAACCUUUUGUCUUUUUAGCAACAGUAGGUGUUCAUUUCUAACAAACUCAA